AGUUAUAAGUGAAAAUAUUAAACAACUUUAUAGAUUUAAAAGAUAAAUAACAAUGGAAGUAGUACCUAAGAAACGCCUUGGAAGACCUCCUAAGGCAACGCAAAUAAAAUGUAAUCCCAAUGUUACAGAUGUUACAGAAUCCGCCACAGAAAUAACCACUACAAGUUUAGCAGUAGGUGCCAGCAACACAAAUAUCAGCGGUAGUAACGAAUGUCGUAGAAGUUCACGCCAAAAAAAAAUCAAACCUGAUGUCCUUAACUUUCUGAAAAAAAUUCCAAAACAACACAAAAUACAAAUUGAAGCAAGAAUUGAUUCAAAUGCACCAACUCAAAAAGGUAAAGAUGUUGCCGGAUUGGAGACCAAUACAGAGGGUAAUUUUAACGACUUAACAAAAAAUAAAAAAAACUUUUUGGAAAAAUCUGAUAUAUUUAGAAGAAUUUCCUUAACAGACCAACAGAACAAAAAUUUAAAUGCUACUCAAUGCAUUUCUGAUAUAUCCUCCUUACCCGCGCAAGCUCGUCGUUUAAGUCGCACACAAGAGUUUUUCAAUGCAACAAUGAUGAAAUCUAAGCAGAACUCAAGUUUGAUUGUAACGAAAAUGGAAAGUAUACCCAGUACCACAAAUAAUGCCUGCACUACCAACACAAAUCCAAAUUUUGUACAUGUCACAGCAAAUCCUACAUUAAACAAGCAAAAACAAUCUGGGCUAUCAUUGAAUGUUCACCCACAUAAACAACGAACGCAGUCCGUAACUUGUACCGAAUCAACUGAGCCAAAACGUAGAGGACGCCCACCUAAAAAAAAAAAUGAAGUAUCUAUUUCUGAUUCAACGGUUCCGAGCAAAGGGUCGUCUCCUAUAAUCAGUGAUUUGUUGAUAGAAAAUGCAGAGGAUCAGAAAUGUUUAGCAAACCAAGUAAAGUCUUUACCAUCCAUUAAUAUUUCUGAAAAUAAAAAUAACAUGUACACAAAUUUAAAUAAAAAUAUUAAAGAAAAUAAGAUAGAUAUUGAAGAGAAUCAAACUAAUGAUGAUAACCAAAAUAUUUCUACAACAUCAUUUAUAAAAAAUAUUAAAAAGGAGGAAGAAUAUGUAAAAAUUGAUGAAGAUAAAACAUAUCAGAAUGAGGUUUUGGAAAUUCUGUCAUCAGAUGAUGAAACAAAUGAAACAUCUCUUUCAUCAAUAGAUAAUUUGUGUAACAAGGCCCCUACACAAAAUGAAUCAAAACAAAGGAACUUUGCAGCUGUGUCCUUUCUGCAGGAAAGUCCAAAUUUGGAUGAUGAAAUAAAUGAACCUGAGUUCAUUGUGGCAGCUGUUGAAGAAAUCAUAUGUGAAUCACACCCACUUGAAGAAGAUUCCGUUUCCGUAUAUAAUGAUAAAAAGUUUGAUGAGGUGGUUGAAAUACAUAGUUCAUUCAAUUCUUUGGAAAAUUUAUCUACAGAAAUGGUUGAAACUCAAACUGUGUGUAAAAAAACGAGAAGAGCAAGCAUUGAAAUAUCUGAUAACAGUAGUAAAUCACUGUUGUCAUAUGAUAGUAUUUGCGAGAAAGAUGUAUCUCAAUCGAGUACCGAUAUUUCAAACAACCUCAGUAAACAGAAAUCAUCUAAGAAAAGAGUUUCUAAAUACAAGCGAUCAACACGUUCAAAAAGUAAACAAACGAAAGAAGAUCUCGACAUAGACAAUAAUGCUAGUGCAGAUAAGAUCGAUUGUAGUGAGCUUGUCAUAGAAACCUAUUCACAGAAUCAAUUAAUUGAUGUAGCAGCCGUAGAAGAGAUUGAAACUAGUACCUGCGAGGAAAAUUUGAUAGACAAAUCGUUAUACCACCAUACAAUUGAAGAAUUCAAUACUAAUGUAAAUGCAAAUUCUACUCUACAGAGUAGUAUGAAUUUCGAGAAUGUUAUAUCAAUUGAUAGUUUGCCAACAGAUAAUAUAACAAUAAGUGUGAUGGAUCCUAAUACUGAUCAGCUAAUAGAAGUGGGUCAAAGUGAUAAAGAAGACGACUGUGAAGUGGUGCAAUAUGAACAGGAAAAGGGCCCUGAAAAUCAAAUAGAUGAAAAAAUUAAAGAAAAGGAUCAAACUGGACAUUCCAAAAUCGCGGAGCAAAAGUUUGAAAAUAAAAAAUAUAUUACACUACCUUUAAAGAAACAGAAAAUGAAGUUGCAAGAUAUUGACAGCAUAGAAAAUAGUAAGUUUAUAUACACCGUUUCUGCGGAAAACUCCGAGCCUCAAAAAUCAAAAAUGAAUAUCGAGGACAAUAGUUUGGUGUAUACCGAAAUUAAAAAGAAAGUUAAUGACGACGAUUCUCAAUGUGAAAAGGACAACGUUUAUAUUGUAGAGGUUCAAAAAUCUGAAUCUGAAACUUUUGGUAGUACUCCGAAUACUAAAAACUCUGAGCAAGAAACUGAUGCACAGCACGUAAUUCAAACUUUUAUACCUGAAACAAGUGUACAAACAACUAAUCCGAAUAAAAUAGAAAACAGUUCAGAUAGUACUGAAAUAGCAAAUAUUUACGAAACGUUAGAAUUAUCUGAAAUAAAUAAAGAUACAACAGAUAUAUUGAUUGCCAAUCAAAUUGAAAUAGAAGCAGUAAAAGAUGUUAUCGAGAAGCCGCAUGAGGCAAUAGAAUGCACUGAUAACAACACAUUAAUCAUUGAAAAGCAAAAAAAGUUUGAUAAAACGGUUAAAGAGGUCAUAUGCACUAAUUUAGAAAAGAUAAAUAUUCCAGAAGAGAAUAUUAAUAAAACAGAAUUACACCAACGAGAUCAGGUAACUGAAGUGACAGACGAACAAACAGUUUCAAAGAUAAAUGAAAAAAAAAUUGAAAACAUAAUAGAAAUCUUCGUAAAAGGAAGCGAAGUACCAAAUCCAUCUGAGGAUAAUAUUUUAAGUGAUAAAAAUAGUACGCUUAAAAAAGUAGAACAACAAGAUAAUGCUUUAUUUGUUCAAACUGCAUUCAUAGAGUCAAGCACGUGUUCCUUAAACUCUGAAAAAUUCUCAAUUGAAAACACUUUCAGUUCCGAUAACCUCACCAAUUCAGAUCUAUUGUCCGAAAUUGUAGAAAAAACUACAGUAAAUACUCAGAAAAAUGUACAAAUUGAAGAGAACUUAAAAAUCGUUGAGGUAACCAAAUUGAAUAGGAGCAAAAACAAAUUGUCAUCUUCUCGUUCCAAAAGUCGAAGGUUUACUACCACGAAACUAUCGAUCGAUGACGAACAAAUGUCAACCACUCCGUCUCAAUCGCUAGCAGGUACUGUAAAAGAAAGCAAUAAUGCAACUGUAGGCACGACAUCCACAUCUAAUGAUAAUGAAGAUAGAACUGAUAACGAAGUUGUGUCUAUAACACCACUACAGGAUAAUAAAGAUGAUAAUAAAGAGAAAAAUAUAGCAACAAUAAAAUCUGAUGAUAAUAACGAGACUACUAUUAUAUCAAUUAUAUCAUUAGAUAAUGACGAGAAUAAUAUAAAACCAAUAAAUUGUAAUGAUAAUGAUGUGAGGACUAUAUCACCUUUAGGAUCUAAUCAUAAUGAAAAAGUGAGUAGCAAAAUAACUAGAAAAACAAUUGAAAAAACCUGUUCGCCUGUUUCUUUGGAAGAAGAGGAUCUCGAAACUAUUGCUAAAGUACAAUCUUGUGAAAAACUAAAAGAUCAGAAUACAAAAUCAGAAUUAGGUGCAGAAACACAAGUUCUGCAAUAUGAAAAGAAUCCAUCUACUAACAAUAAACAGAGUACGGAGACUAUUAUUCCUAAAGGCCGCCGUGGUCGUAAAGCCAAGAAUAAAAGUGUUCUUCCAGAAAGCCAUUCACAAUCAGACUUAGGUUCAACAUGUGAUUUAUCCGCUUUAGAAACUGAUAGUAAAAAUAUAAAUAUUAAAACAAAAAAUAAUGAGCCAGCCAGCGAAAGUAGCGAAAGUACAGACUCAUUGCAAAAAUCUGCAAAGAAUUCUAAUAAGAAAAAAACUGCCAAACCAUCAACUAAAAAUGUUAAUAGUAAUAAAAUUGAGAAGAAACAUCAAUAUUCUCAAGAGCAAACUAAAAAUGAAGUUGAUGAAUCAUUUUCUACUCGAACUAACAAUAUAGCUGAUAGCUCUGAAAGUUCUUCCAGUAUCGAUAUAAAGAACCCAAAGACAGCCAAAAGCGUUUCUCCUAGAAUUAAAAGUACGAUUGGAAAUGUCGGUAAUAAUAAAGACGAUAUGCCAAGCAGGUCAUCCCCAGUAAGUACAGAAAAGAAAAAUAAAACCAAAGCAUCAAAAACUUCAUCAAAUAAGGAGAAAAUAUCAAAAAUAAAAAGUGACGUCAGUGAAACUUCUACGGUUGAUGACAUUGAACUAAAUAAAUCAGUGAAAAGCAAAGGCAGGAGAAAGAAAUUUAUAGAAGAAUUGGCUUUAGUUGCCAAUAAAAAUGUGAACACCGCUCCUGUUGAGGAUAGCAUAAAACAUAACGCCAUUGAAGAUAAAAGAAAUGAUGUAAAAAGUUUAGGCCACUCAAAUAGUACCAGUCAAAAUGUGAGUACUCUUUCGCAAAGUACAAAGAAAGACUGCACAGAGGAUGAAAUCUCGGAUCCGUUCAAAAAUAUUGCCGAAUUCAUUGAAAUGGGCGUAAGUCUUCUUAAAAAAAAACCAUCAGAAACUUUUGAGGAAGACGAUAACUACAGAAUUGUGACAAUAGAUGAUCACCAUCAACCAGAAAAAAAUAAUGUAACAAGGUCGUCAACGGAUAUAGACUUAGAUGAAAAUAAAAAAAACAUCCAAGGUGACAGUAAUGAAUCAUCAUCUAUUAGAAGUGAAACCAAAUCAAAAGAGGACGACAUCGCUCCAUCUUUACAAGCGGAAAAUCAACUUUUAGAAAUUGAAACAAAUACCGUGACAACAAAAGAAACGCAAACAGCAACUAAUGAACAAUCCAUAUUCACAGGUCAUGAGUAUUCCAUUGAGGGUGAAAUAUCCGCAAAUAUUGCAAAUUACCCUCUAAUACAGGACUCAAUACCUAGUGUUGAAUCAACUAAUAUUAAUGACGACUUGCCAUUUUCGUUAAACUUACAUGCUUUUGAAACUCCCGCUGAUACACCAAUAGUAACGCCUUCAACUAGUCCUCCGCCCGAAACUUCUAUAUCGGAUUUGACGCCAGAGGAACUGUUAGGUGUGCGCCGCUCACACCGCAUAAAACAAAUUACUAAAGCACCUAAAUCUCUUGUAGGUCGAGGUUUAGUGCGUGACAAAGAACGGUUGUCUAUGAAAGAUUAUGUUGAAGUGAAGUCUCGUUACAGCAUUGAAGAUCAUCGUAACAGUUUAGCUGACGUUACAGAAGUAAACGCUAAAUUUCUUAAAUCAAUGGAGCAACGUUUGAGCAAUUUUACAGUUAUAGAAGAAAAUGAAUAUAAAUGCGAGCGCGUUAUAAGUAGAGAGGCACGCAAAAUGCAAUGUGACUGCUUUUUAACGCCGGAAGAUAUAGAAAGAGGAGAAUGGGCGUGUGGAGAAGACUGUUUAAAUCGAUUACUAAUGAUAGAAUGUGGACCAGAUUGUAACGUUGGUGAACGCUGUACUAACAAGAGAUUUCAAAAAAUCUUAAGCGCACCAUGUCGAGUUUUUCGUACAGAAAAAAAAGGUUUCGGCAUAAUGGCAGAUGUGGAGAUCCUCCCAGGAGAGUUUAUAUUGGAAUAUGUUGGUGAGGUAAUUGAUGGCGAAGAAUUUGACCGAAGGCGAGAUUUAUAUUCCCUAGAUAAAAACCGUCAUUACUAUUUUAUGGCUUUGAGGAGUGAUACCAUUAUAGAUGCUACUAUCAAAGGCAACAUAUCAAGAUUUAUUAACCAUUCCUGUGACCCCAACGCUGAAACACAGAAAUGGACAGUAAAUGGUGAAGUGCGCGUAGGGUUUUUCAGCAGAAAGUCAAUAAUGCCCGGCGAAGAAAUAACUUUUGAUUAUCAAUACGAACGUUAUGGAAGGGAAGCUCAACGUUGCUUUUGCGAAGCACCUACAUGUCGCGGUUGGAUUGGACAAGAACCUACGUCAGAUGAAGGCGAACAAACAUACGGUACUGAUGAUGAGAGCUCUGAGAGUGAGACUGAAAGUAUUGAGGAUCCAAUGGAAGCGCAAAAGAAACUAGAAAUGGCUGCUGUUACAGCUAAUUUGCUACCGAUUAUUGAUGAUUCAAAAGGAAAGCUUUAUAAUAAACUGAAGGACACUGAAGAAGCUAAACUCAAACUUAAAAAUCUGCUCAAUAAAGUUAAGAGAAAUAAACAACAGCAACAGAAGAAACAACGUAAAAAUCGUUCUACAAAAGUUGAUAAUAUAUCACCUGUAAAAGCACGCUCAUUGGAAGACCCGGAUAUUGAAGAUGAAGUUAAUUUUUUGAGAAAUUGUGGACUCAAGAACCAGCCGGACACAUUGAGACUAUCACGAUUAAUGGUUCGUGCGAAACUUGUACAAACCCGAUUGGACCUAUUGAAAAUAUUGACAAUAGGAGAGCUACCAUGCCGUCGACUGUUCUUAGAUUAUCAUGGAUUACGUCUAUUACAUGGUUGGAUGAGUGAAAAUGGUAGCAAUAUGACAAUGCGUUUGGCAUUACUAGAAACAUUAGAAAGCUUACCUAUUGUUAAUAAAACACCCUUAACUGACAGUAAGGUUUUGCAGACAGUACGUAAUUGGAGUAAUAUGACUAGCAUAAGCUCCACUAAUUCUCAGUCACCAAACGAUGAAUCCUCCUCAUCUAGCGGUAAUUCGCAACAAGCUCCUGUAGAUCAAGUACCAAAGGAACUACAGAAAUUAGCUGAAAAACUGACUACGAGCUGGGAAAAUUUACCGGAAAUUUUUCGUAUACCAAAGCGUGAGCGUAUCGAACAAAUGAAAGUGCAUGAAAGGGAAGCCGAUUUACAAUAUGCAAAUGAAGCACAAAGCAGUAACUCGAAUCGAGAUCGGUACCAAAAUGAUCGGUUUGGUAAACGUUUCGCAAAACCAUCUGGUUUCAAAGAAGUGCGCCACAUAUCCACUUUGGGCAGUGGUCAACAAAUAGAGCCGCGCAAACGAAUUCAUUUUGAUACAAAUAAUCAAAUAGGAAACAGUGAGAAUACUAAACACCUUUCGAAAAAAGAACGUCGAGAAAUGUUUGAAGCUAAGAUGGCACGUAGUGCUGAGGUAAAACGGUUGAACGACUUUGAAACGAAAUGCAAAUUUUUCGGUUUAGAUCCAAAAGUGACCAUAGCAAAUGAAAUGCCAUUUUGUGUUAAUCCGCAUACGGGACAAUGGUAUAACGUGAAACAGGAACCUAUUUAUACCCCUCCAAAUUUUUUAGCUGUGCAACCAUUACCAAAGUCGACAAAUUUAGAUGAUUAUGAACUGCCUCCAGCUACUUUAAAUUUGAAGCCGGGAUGGAAAGUAGCAGUAUCCAACCAAGGGAAAAUAUAUUACUAUAACGUGAAGACACGUAAAUCACAGUGGACUCCGCCAACAGAUUUCGAUUACUAUAUUCAAAAUAUGUGCAGCGAUAGUAGCGAGUGCACCAGCGAUUCGGAUGGAGCAGAAAAGAAUGACGAGCUUUUAAAUAAAACCCCGGAACAACUUAAAAUGCUUAUAUUACAAAGAACUGAAGAACGCAGGAAGGAAAGGUUAAAGACAUUAGUAGGACAGCGAGAAAUAAGCCCGCGUCGCGAUGAAGAUCGUAUAUACAAUCAGGCAGAAAUGCGAAAGUACAAAGAAAAUAAAGAAAAAAUAAGAAAGCGAAAGGAAGAAAUACGGAGAAAACGUGCCACUAAAUCAAGUUCGGAUGCAUUACCUAGUACUUCACAGAAAAGCGAUAGCACUGAGGUGGGUGCGAUCAAAAUACAAGACUACUUGUUGUCAUCAGACGAGGAAGAAAAUAUUAAGGCGGAGUGCAACAAUAGUCCAUUGCUGGACAAAAUCGUACAAGGCGACAAAAUAGUAGACGAACUGGACGCAUUAAAAACUAAGCGUAUUUUAAAACGUCCUCUGCCACCACAUCGUGAUCUGAGUUUGCAAAAAAGUUCAAACAGUCAAUCAAGUCACGACGAUUCAAGACAAGAUAUUAAAAAAAGAAAAGUCGAAAAGAAAACAAAAAAAUACAGAUAUAACUCGGAUGAACCGAAAUACCGGAAAUUACGUGACAAAUUCCGUAAUGAAAUUGUCAACAUUAUAGCUCAGCACUUGAAACCGUAUUAUUCCGAGUCUUGUAAACAGGGACGUAUUUGUAACAGUGAGGAUUACAUGCAUUUAGCUAGAAAGCUUACACACUUUGUGAUGAUAAAGGAAAUCAAAUAUUGCGAGUCCGUGGGGCAAGUGUUGGCGGUAACCGAUUCUGUCAUUAACAAGUCAAGAGAAUUCAUAAAGAAAUACAUGAGUAAAUAUGGCGAGACAUAUAUUAGGCGUGAGGAUGAUCCUGAAUUUAAGGAUAUAAAAAUUUCCACUUCAGUUUAAAAAGUUUUUUUUAUUUUAUUUUUCACUUACUUUAUACUUUAAA